AUGUGUAAACAUAUAUUAAAUGCACAGGUUUCGAUCAGGGCACCAUGUUGUAAACGGUGGUUUGAUUGCGCAGAGUGUCAUAAUGAAGUUUCAGAUCAUCAACUCCAAAAAACGCUCGAGAUGGUCUUUGCUUGCAAGAAGUGUAAAAAAGUUUUCCGUAAAGACAUGGAAAACUUUGAUGAAACGGAUGAAUACUGUCCUAAAUGUGAUAAUCAUUAUAUAAUCGAUGCUAAAACGCCACAACUUGGUAUUGGUGUUGAAGGAGAUGAUCCAAGAUUAGACAACAGAAUGCACAAGGAUGAACGUAUUAAGUCCGAUCCUCAGAAGAGCGUAUUCAACCAGGAUGCAUCAUAUCGAUUGGGAUAA